AUGAUAAAACCUGAGGUAAAUAUAAAUAAUGAGAAUUUUGAGAAUAAAGAUAUUUCACGUUGGAAAAUAAUAUACCCUAAUUAUAUAAAUAAAAAAAAAAAAGUAAAGGAAGGAAGAAGAAUAAAUUUAAAUUAUUGUGUAAAUGAUCCUUCAAUUGAAGAAAUUGAAUUAGCGUGUAAAGAAUUAAAUGUUACUUAUCAUGUUGAAAAAAAAAAAUGUUAUCCAAGAGAUUGGCAAGUACAAGGGAGAAUAAGAAUAAAAUUACCAGAUGCAGAGAAUAACAUUUUAAGUAAGUUCGAUUUAAUGAAAAAAAUUGGACUAAAAUUACAAACUGUAAAAGCAAAUAAUGAAUCUAGUGUAGUGACUAACCAAAGCAAUUUAACAAAAAAAAAAAAGAAGAGCCAAAGAUAA